AUGCUAAAAUAUAUACCAAAAAGAGCUAUAUCUUUAGCAAAAGUUUAUCCUCCAACACUUCCAGAAUAUGAUGUAAUAAUAGUAGGUUCUAAUAUGGGAGUAAUUCUAGGGCGUCAUAUAUAUUCUUAAUCAAAAGGAAAUACAAGUGUUUUUAUAGCUAGUAGUGCCACAAACAGACAAUAGCAUCAUUUAACAAUUCCUUACGAAUAAGGAUUUUGUAAAUUAGAAAACUAUUUAAUUAAUAACAAAUAUGUUAAUAAUCCUUAUGUACCUCAUUCUGAUGAUAUUAAAGUAAGAUUAAUUGAUCCUACUAAUAAUACUAUUUAAUUCGAAAAUAAUAGAAUUAUUAAAUAUAAAAAGCUUGUUGUUUCUACAUCUUUGCAGGAUGAUUUAGAUUCAAUUAAUGGGCUCUAGGAAGCUAUUUAAGACGCAUAUCAUCCAAUUUUUUCGCCUUAUAUUUUGAAGAAUAAUUCUAAAUAAUUAAACACUUAAUAUUGGUAUAAUUUUGAAUACGGAGAUUGCUUUUUCUAUAUCCCACCUUUUCCUUUUACUGGAGAAGGUGAAUAUUUUUUUUUUAUACUCUAUUUUUAUAUAUUUUUUUAAAAAAGUUUAAGAAUAUAACUUUUUAAAAAUAAAAAAAUUAACUUGAAAAUAAUAAAUGCAAAUGAUAAUUUUUGUCAAUACAAUAAAGAAUUAGAUUAGCUUUUCAAAACUCAAAUUCUAAAAAGGAAUAUUGAAGUUAUUUAUAAUACAAAACUUACAUAAAUUAACAAAAAUUCUAGAAAAUUAACAACAAUUAAUUAAUAAGGUGAAACAAAAGAAUAUACAUAUGACAAUAUGUAUUUAUUAAUCCCUUAAAAAUCACAUUAGUUUUUAAAAGAGGCAGGCCUUACUAAUGAAUAAGGAUUAUUGCAUGUUAAUUAAUAUACACUUCAACAUACUUAAAAUAAAGAUAUUUUUGCUUUUGGAGAUAUUACAGAUAUUCCUAUUGUAAAAAGCUUUUUUGCUUCAUAAUAAUAAGCUAAUAUUGUAUGUCAUAAUGUAAUGAGAAGUCUCAAAAACUUGCCUCCUCUAAGUAUUUAUAAUGGAUAUUCCAAAACACCUGUUUAUAUUGGGAAAAACCAAAUUACUGUUGCUUCCUAGGAUUUAGUAAAUGGGAAAUACAUUAAUAAUUUGAUUGAUUAGGAAGGAAAACAUAUUUCUUAUUUAAGAUCUUAUUAUUGGAAUUAUUUUUAUCAGUAUUUGAAUAAAAUCUAUUAUAAAUAUGCAAUUUGGGGUAGUCCUUAUUAUAUUUUUCCUCCUAAUUUUAAUAAUUUUAAGUAGUAUGCAGUUGAAGAGUUAAAUUAAGAAUAAACUUAAUAAGAAAGUUUACUUAAAUAAAAGUAUUUUGCUAUCCCUAAGUAGAAUUAACCAAAUAAUUAAUAAAUAAAUUAAGAUAAAUCUGAAAAAAAUAAAAAACAAAAAGAUUUUUCGAAUAAUUAAUAACAAGAAAAAUAAUAUAGAGAAAGACUUGAAAAAGAAAAUUAAGAAAAGGAAAGACAAGAAAAAGAAAAAUAAGAAAGAAAAAAAGUUGAAAUGGAAAAAUAAGUGGAAGAAAUAUAAGAAAGACAAGAAAGAGAGAUAUAAAGAUAACAAAUGGAAAAGUAAUAAAUAGAAAAAGAGUAAAGAGAAAGAUAAGAACAAGAAAAACUUGAAAAAGAGAGGAAAGAAAUAGAAAGAUAAUAAAAAGAAAUAGAUUUAAAAAUAUAAUAACAAUAACAAGAAAAAGAAAAGUAAGAUAAAGAAAGAUAAGAAAAAGAAAUGCUUGAAAAACAAAGAUAAUAAAAAGAGAACCAGGAAAAAGAAAUAUAAUAAAGAGAAAAAUAAAUGAGAGAAUAAAUUUUAUUGAAUAAAUAAUAAUAAUAAGAGAAGUAACAGGCCUAGUAAUUUUAAGCAUAACAAAAAGAAAGAGAAUAAUAAAACCAAUAAAUUUAAUAAUAAUAAGAAUUAAAUGAAGUUCCAAAAAAGAAAUAAAAUGAAUUAUCAAAAUCUACUGAAUAAAAAUAAUAAAAGAAAAAAUAAAAAAAGUCAGAUAGUUAAUAUGUGCCUUCGGAGGAUGUAUAAUCUAAAAAAAGAACACCAAAAAAACCUUAAAAAUGA